CCCAGCGCUAUCCGAUUACUUUACACAGCUUUUGAUGGGAUGGGGAAAUUGGAAAUUGUUUUGAAAUUUGGAGGAAUAGUUAAAAGUUUUAGUUCAAUAAAUAGGUUAAGGUAAUGUUUACGUAUUUAUGCUACGUGUAAAUGAAAACUAGUCUUAAAAAAUAGCGACCGUCAUAUGAAGUCAAUAUCCUCUAAAGGAUAAAAGAUCAUGGAGCUGAAUUGUUAUCUUCAGAAAUAUGAUUGGGGAAAGGUUGGCGAAGAGAGUGAAGCUGCAAGAUUGGCAAAAGCAAACAAUGUGGCCUUUGAGAUUGACAGCAGGACACCAUAUGCAGAGUUGUGGAUGGGAACGCAUCCUAAUGGACCAUCCCUCAUAGCCUCAUCUGGUGAGAGUCUGAACGAUUGGCUGAAGGAACACCCUCAUUUGAUUGGUGCAGAUGUUCAGAAAGUUUUUGGUGCACAGUUACCCUUUCUGUUCAAAGUUUUAUCAGUUAACAAGGCUCUUUCCAUUCAAGUGCAUCCCUCUAAGUGGGAGGCGGAGGAGUUGCAUCAACUCUUUCCAGACAUCUACAAAGAUCCAAAUCACAAACCUGAAAUGGCAGUUGCUUUGACUGAUUUUGAAGCUCUUUGUGGCUUUCGUCCAUUGGAUGAAAUCAAGCAGUUCUUGGACCGUAUUCCCGAACUGAGAAGUUGCAUGGGACAGGACAAUGUUGACGUGUUGAUGACAUGCAGUGAAGACCGUCAGCAAGACGCUCUUAAAGUCUGUUUCCAAUCACUUAUGACCAAAUCAGAAGAUGAAGUACAAUCUGCACUUUCAUCACUGUCAAACAGGAUUUCAUCUCUUGAGGAGUCGUCAAGAGACUCCCACUUAGCAGACCUGGUAGAAAGACUGCACGGGCAGUUCCCUGGUGAUAUAGGAGUGUUUGGACCUUAUUUGUUCAACUACAUGAAGCUGAGGCCUGGAGAAGCUCUGUAUCUCUCAGCCAACGAGAUACACGCUUACCUGUACGGAGAUUGUGUGGAGUGUAUGGCAUGUUCAGAUAACACCGUGCGUGCAGGACUGACACCCAAGUUGAAAGACGUCCCGACGUUGUGUCGUCUGCUGUCGUACAUCUGUGAGCCAGCUGACAACAAGCUGUUCCCAGGACAGACUGAGGACCAGUUCACCACUGUGUUCCGACCACCAGUGCCUGACUUUGCGGUCGCUGUAAUUUGUGUUCCUGCGCAAGGCUCACACACACUGACUCCCCGCGUGUCUGCGUCUAUCUGUCUGGUUGUUUCUGGGACUGCGGAAGCAUUCACCAACAACGUCAACAACCCCUCAAUCAUUCUUCGUCGAGGAUCAGUCAUCUUUCUCGGCAGUCAAGAAACGCUGAAGCUUUCUGUCACUUCACCAGAUUCACUUCUCGUAUUCCAGGCUAUGGCUAACUUCUAGUGGGACUUGAAUUUCUGAAUUACAGGGUACAGUAGACUUCAUAACAUUCAGAUACCUUGGGACUAGAACCUCGUCUGAACUAAAAUGAAUCGAACCAUCUGAGGUUAGUACAAAAAUGAAUGGAUACGUUUCACAUUAUGAGCGCAAAAUUAGUUAACCACAGUACCAUAAACAACUAAAAAAAUACAACACGAACAACAGCAUAUGUACAGAUCAGCGUUUCAUCAGCAAUUUGUGGCUUAUCUGUGUGGCUUUGAACUAAGUGACGGAAGUAUGUAUGUCGUAUAUUGGUGGUCAUUGAUAAAAGAGAGGAAGUAUACUGUACUUGUUAUGCAUAUUUUUAUGAUUAGUUGAUAAUGUGGAUAGGUAGAAAAUAGUUAUAAUUUUUUUUAGCUUAGCAUCCUUAAAAAAUACUCCUGCCAAAAUAUUUUGUGAAGAGUUAAUUUAAUAAGACACAAGUUUUUAUACUGGAGGGAUUUCCUUCAACAAAAUUAAGUGUUCUUGUUUAAAAGGUCACAAGACAUAACUCUUGUUUUAUGUUCACCAAGCUUACCUGAGAGAUAAAGUUUAAAGUCACAAUACAAUAUCUUUAGUAUGUGUAUCUGUUUAUGUAGACAAUAGACAAUAGACAA